AUGUCAUUUGGCUACUCAGUGGGCGACUUCAUCACAGGAGCGAAUAUCACGUAUCGCCUUAUUCGUGUUCUUGCGGAUUCCAGCGGCGCCAGCGAGGAAUAUCAGGAAGCCAUGCUGGAGCUCAGUGCGAUGCAGCAAGCGUUCCUCCAAGUGAGCCAGAUGACGCAAAACCCCGUUAUCCCCCAGGCAACCGUCAACUCUGCGUCUCAUAUUGUGAUGUCAGCGAUGGACAUCAUCUCUCACUUCCUGGACAGGAGCCGGCGUUAUCGAGAGAAGCUAGGUGGGGGGACAAACUCGGGUGGGAACGAAGGCUCGAUGUCUAGGAUAGAGGAUAGCUGGACCAAGGUUGGCUGGUCGCUCUUCAAGAAGGAGGAGUUGAAGGACCUGCGCGAUCGGCUGCACUCAAGGCUAAGCUCAAUCCAACUUCUCUUGUCCGCCUCAGCAUAACAUCUCGCCACCUGCCGACGACUCAACUCGAACGUUGGUCGGAUCGACUACGCUGGUAGCAGAAAACAGCCCCAGAAGCCCCGAGAGUAG